GGCGUCUUUAUAACAGCUGGAGAGAUUUCACCAGCUGCGCUCGAAACUGCCCAGAUGAAGGGCGAACUUGAAAGGCGCUUGCAAGCUCUCAAAGUUGGAUGUACAUUCGUGGAUUCGUUUAUAAGGCCAUACCAUGCUCACCGGCAGAAAGGAGCCCUUGCUACUGACUGUGAUGUGGCACUUGGGCUGUCACGUGAUGCCGCACCAGCUCGCAUCCUGCCGCUGCCCAGUAUACAAGGCCGCCGUCGUACCGGAUUGGGCACGGUUCUCGGGACUGGAAUGGUACGAAGUGCUCAACAACCCCGGUCCUCUCGAUAAAUGCGUCGUGCGGAAGUACUACGCGGACAACCAGACCAUGAAGUGGAUAGAACAAGACGGGCCCUACGGCGAUGUGGCUAGAACGAAGAAAUUCGACUUUGUGGUAGAAGGGAGACAGCAGUUUCUAAAGAAAGACAAGUCAUUCUUUCAGCAGAUUCUUGACACGGACCUCUACACGUGGGCGCUGUUGCACAUAUGCUCCGAAGGAGAUGGUAAAUCCAAGCUGGCGCUGACGUUGCGGGAUCCCUUGAGCACGAUACCCGCAGAUAUAACAGCGCGGGUAUCCCAGACUCUGCAGAAGGUGGGCAUCUCCGACGCCAUCAAGUGGACCCGGUCGCCAUGCAUGAUCGACCGCACCCUGCGUUUAGACUCCGCACCGUCCGGGCCGGUGAUCAUGUACCCAUCUCCGGGAGCAGUCCAGCCGUUCGAUCAGCCACGAGUGACGGACAAGGCGAACCGCACCGACACAACCCAGCAGACCGAUGCGCCGCAGAAGACCGACGAGACAUCCAUGCUGCACGUGACCAUCCUGCCCCUAGGAACCGACCGAAGUCAGUAUACUGACCAGCCGCUGGAGAUCGGCACACUGCAACAGACCAGUAUGCCACAGAAAACCGAGCUACCACACGCGACCAUCCUGCACCUAGGAACUGACCGAAGUCAGUACACUGACAAGCCGCAGGAGAUUGGCACCGUGCAACAGACCAGUAUGCCACAGCAAACCGAGCUAUCACACGUGACUAUCCUGCACCUAGGAACCGACCGAAGUCAGUACACUGACAAGCCGCAGGAGAUUGGCACCGUGCAACAGACCAGUAUGCCACAGCAAACCGAGCUACCACACGUGACCAUCCUGCACCUAGGAACUGACCGAAGUCAGUACACUGACCAGCCGCAGGAGAUCGGCACACCGAAGCAGACAAGUAUGCCACAGCAAAGCAAGCUGGUGCCGAUAGAGGCCGUGACGGAGAAAUCGCUGAUUGACAUCGUUACAACACCUUGGAUUCCUUACGUGAACGAGGAGGAGUCGUGGUGAAGAAACGGAAGAGCUAUAUCGUUGCGGUGGGCUCGGCAACAAAGGGCUAUCGAACUAGACACCACCGCCCUUCACCCAUUUGCACAGACUCGAGUUUCGUUGCACCUGACAAUCAAUGGCAGAUAAUUGAAUGAAUGUCACACUUGAGUGACAAAAAUCUGCUGCCUGCGCCAGCGAAAUUAAAUAUAGUGAGCUCAACUCUGCCAAACGUUCUUGAG